GUAUUGGGGUAAAAACUUUCUUUUGUCUACCUUUUCUCACGAGAAAGCAACCUAUUCCCCUUGUGUUUGGAUGGGAUAAAGCGAGAAUUCUGAUAAACCCUCCUCACUAAUCCUCAAAACAUUCUACUCUACUCUUCAAGGGUUUUAGCACCAAUCUUCCAAAUCUCCUUUAUCUUCCUCUUGCUUUUGCUUCUGAAACGGAAAGGGCAACACAAAUAGAGAGUGCAUCAUAUGGCGAGUCUCAUAGCAAUGCCUGCUUUAAGCCACUUAUCCACCAGCACUAGCUGCCUAGAACGAAGAAAUUUGUGUGCAUCCUCCAGGAGAUUUCAAGGAGUUAGAGCAAUGAUGACAGAGAAGCCACUGGAGGAGUUGUAUCAUGUGAGAGUAGAAAGAAAUGUGGCAAAAGAUCGACUAAUGGAGCUUGGAGUUCCACGAUGGUCAAUGUGGAAAACUGGCAAAUGCAAGUUACCGUGGGAUUGGCAUGUAGAUCAGUUAGUUUAUAUUGAAGAAGGUGAGGUUAGGGUGGUACCUGAAGGAAGCAAAAGAUUUAUGCGGUUUGUGGCUGGAGACCUUGUCCGGUAUCCAAAAUGGUUUGAAGCUGAUCUGUACUUCAAUGACUUCUACCAAGAGCGAUAUAGCUUUCGAGCUUAUGGAGAUGACUAGUGAAUCAAUUUCCUACAACUAGGCUCAUAAAGUUCUAAAAUCCCAGGUUUCUAGUGCAGUUCACUUAUUAGUCAUCUGUUUCAUAAGGUUUUUCGGAUUGCUGUUGUAAUACAAACGGCACAACAUGAUUUGUCUAAAUGGUACGGUGGCCAGAUAAUAUCCACUUCUGUCGUGAUAUGAAAUACAACCUUCCGUCUUCUCUCUGGAUGAUAAAAGUCUUUGCCCCCCCCCCAAACAGCUAGGAAAUCUUUUAACACAUAAAAAGAUGCUGCAAGCUGUUACUUCAUCCGCGUUGUUACAUUGGGAAAUUUGAUUAGAAUGUAUUUGGUAUCAGAUUGUCUGUUAAAAUACCAACACUAGUAGUAUCAUUUAUCAGUUACUUUGAGAUUGUGUUUUUGCA